AUGGGUUUUGCCGGAAGGAAUAAUAUUCUCAUUUUAUGCUUCGUCUUGGUGCUCGCCGUAAUAUCAUCAACAGCUCAAACUUUCACGUGCAGCUCCGGCGGGGCAUGCAAAUCCAUGGUCGGUUACGUGUCGCCCAAUACCACCACACUCGACGGCAUCAAGACCUUCUUCGGAGUGAAGAACCUCCGGUCUAUCCUCGGCGCCAACAACCUCCCACUCUCAACCCUACCCAACACGAAAGUCUUCGCCAGUCAGACAAUCAAAAUCCCCUUCAAUUGUCUCUGCACCAACGGCACCGGAAUCUCCAACGGAUGGCCAAUUUACACAGUGAUCCCCGAUGACGGACUCUUCCACAUCGCCUCCGAGGUGUUCGCCGGAUUGGUGACUGUCAAACAAAUUCAGGCCGUUAAUAAGAUCGAAAAUGCUAAUGUGAUUACAGUCGGCCAGGAGCUGCAGAUCCCACUGCCCUGUAGCUGUGAUGAAGUGGAUGGUGAGAAGGUGGUUCACUACGGACUCGUGGUGGCGGCUGGGAGCACGGUUGAGGGGAUUGCACAGCAAUAUAAUACUACCCAGGACACGCUGUUGAGGCUCAAUAAGCUGGCUAGUCCCAAUGAUCUCAUUGCCGGUGUUGCCCUUGAUGUCCCUCUUAAAGGCGGGGCAUUUUGGAAAUUGUCCAAUUUACCUUAG